AUGAAGCUCUCAAACACCUUGGCAGUAUCCCUCGGUGCCUUCCUCUCACUAUCAAAUGCCGCCUUCUUAGGCCAAGCAGGCCAGGAACCUCUCAGAUUGGAUAAGAUUGACGUCAAAACUCCUUUCAACUCAAUCGUGGACAAGGCUAAGACCUUGUUGCAGCAGGUUGGUGAGGCCACGGGCCAGGACAUCAGCAAGUUGGACGACUCCAUCAAACAGGCAUGGUCUGAGAUGGAAAUCAAGUUUCCUCAGACGAUGAAGAACAUGAAGCUCACAUCCGACCCUGUUUACAAGAUUGCCAAGAAGCCGGAUUCUUUUUGGGAUUUCCACGUUGCCAACAACAAGUUCUCCGACUACAAGUUGAGAGUGAAGAAGACAGAUCCUGGUGCCUUAGGUGUUGACCACACCAAACAAUACUCGGGUUAUUUGGACGUGGAGUCCGAAGACAAACACUUUUUCUACUGGUUCUUUGAGAGUAGAAAUGACCCUAAGAACGACCCUGUCGUUUUAUGGUUGAAUGGCGGUCCAGGCUGCUCAUCCCUUACGGGCUUAUUUUUCGAAUUGGGAUCUUCUGCGAUUGACAAGGACUUAAAUCCUGUGUUCAACCCUUACUCAUGGAACUCCAAUGCUUCCGUUAUUUUCCUAGACCAACCAGUUAACGUUGGUUACUCAUACUCUUCCUCUUCGGUGUCCGACACUGUUGCGGCAGGUAAAGAUGUCUAUGCUUUCCUUGAGCUUUUCUUCCAACAAUUCCCAGAAUACAACGGUUUACCAUUCCACAUUGCUGCAGAAUCUUACGGUGGUCACUACGUUCCCGUUUUUGCUUCGGAAAUUCUCUCACACGCUGAUCGAUCUUUUGAUCUUACUUCCGUUUUGAUAGGUAAUGGCUUGACCGACCCUCUUACCCAAUAUCCUGAAUAUGAAAAGAUGGCAUGUACUGACGAGUCAGGUUACAAGCCUGUUUUAGACGAAGCUGAAUGUGAAGGUAUGCUUGCCAAUUUGCCAAGAUGUCUAUCAUUUAUUGAGUCCUGUUACGAAUCCGAGUCCGUCUUCUCUUGUGUUCCUGCCUCAAUUUACUGUAAUAAUGGUCAAAUCGGUCCUUAUCAAAAGACUGGUAGAAACGUUUACGAUGUCAGAAAGAUGUGCGAAGGAUCCUCAUUAUGCUACAAGGGAUUAGAGUACAUUGAUGGAUAUUUGAACCAAGAAGAAGUCAAGGAGAAGUUAGGUGCUGAGGUUGAAACUUAUGAAUCUUGUAAUUUUGACGUCAACAGAAACUUCUUGUUUGCCGGUGACUGGAUGAAGCCUUACCACAAGAACGUUAUCAAUCUUUUGGAACAAGACUUACCAGUUUUGAUUUACGCAGGUGAUAAGGAUUUCAUUUGCAACUGGUUGGGUAACAAGGCUUGGACUAACGAAUUGGAAUGGUCCGGCAAGGCCGACUUCAGUAGUGCUAAAACUUUAGAACUCUUAUCUGAUGAUGGUAAGAAGCAGAUUGGUGAGGUUAAAAACUUCGAACAUUUUACUUUUGCAAGAAUGUUUGAUGGUGGCCAUAUGGUUCCUUACGACCAACCUAAGGCAUCUUUGACCAUGUUUAACAGAUGGAUUUCUGGAGAUUUUACUCUCGGAACAAAAUAA